UUGUUUCAAUAUGGCGGCGGUUGCUGAGGGAGAAACGGAUGCUGCUGGGAUUUAUUGGAUUAAUGACCCUUCAGAAGACGAGCAGUCCGUAGUGUUUGUUCCAGGAGUGAGUAAAAAGAUGGGUCUGAGGUCGGUGUCCGUAAGCAGUAAUGAAAAGAAGGCCAAACCUGCCUUAGACAUCAAAAGGAGGACUGGGAAAAAACCGGACCGAAUAACGGAUGCACCCGUGGCGAAGACGUCUUUGCAGAAGAUCUCUGAAUUUACGUCCAAUUCCAAAACGCUACCUCGGGUGUCGGCAACGUCAGAGUCGCAGGACGUCUCUCAUAGAUUGCACGUCCAAAGCAAGGCUUCCUUGAAGGACCUAUGUCCGGAAGACAAGCGUCGCAUCGCUAACCUGAUCGAAGAGCUGGCUAAAGUAAGUGAAGAGAAAGAAGUGUCUGUGCAGAGGCUCAAAGAUGAACAGGAGACGUUUGAGAAAAAGAUCCAACAGCUGGAAGAGCAGAAUCAACUCAUCGUACAGGAAAGAGAACGCUUGCAGCAGCAGUACAAGGAGUGUCAGGAGCUGCUGGGACUCUAUCAGCAGUACCUUUCCCAACAGCAGGAGAAACUCAACCAGUCCAUCUCCCAGCUGAAUCACUCACACUCGCACUACGAGAUAGCCAGCAGUGAGAGAACAUUAAGCAGAGCCCAUAGUGGGAGAGGAAGAGGUGCUGCUGUCAAUGGCUCUUAUUUGGAUCCCCCUAAUUCAGGAAGAACAGGGUCAGCAGGUUGUGCUCACUCAUUUUUAGCUGGCGUCAGUUCUGGGCCAUCUCCCAUGCCUGCAUGCUGUAUUGAGCGUAACCAAGGAAGGCAUGAGGAAGACGCAGCAGAUGUCCACAAGUGUCCACGGGGUGCUUGGAGUGAGUCAGCACAUGACACGCGCCCUAAAAGGGAUCAGGUGGCCAACGACGCCACCAAGCCGAGAGACUCGUGGCACAGAUUGGGACUGAAAAAUGGAACCGGAUGCUGCGCAGAUGAGCCCAGUGAGACAGUGCCCUACGUUGGCAGGGAGGACUGGGAGGAGAAGCGCCAGCGUUUGCUGGUUCAGAAGAAGCAGCUGGAGGCGGAAAGAGAGCGGCUGCAGGCUCGCCUUGCUGAGCAAGAAGAGAGGCUGCUAAAACAGAACCAGGAGCUCAGACAAUCCCGUCUCAACCACAGCAAGUUCCAGCAAGAAUUUGAGCAGUCCUUUAAUGAAAUCAGAUUUAAUGAAGCACCUCACCCCAGUGUCGCUGCAGAUCCACACAGUGAAAGAAAAUCAGGAGGUCUUCAAGCCUUGAAGGGAAGUGUCAGACAGCCUUUAAAUGAAGUUCAACCACAGGAGCACAACCUUCCACAAGCUGAACCCAGACUUUCAAAAGAUCUCUCCACAGUUGCUAUGAAGGAUAUGGCCACCUCUCCUGUGCAUUCCCAGAACGUCCAGAAGUCUUCUCUACAGCGGGCGUACCCCGUCAGCCAUCCCAGAACCCCCGAGUCACCAAAGUUGGAUUCCUCUCUGAUUGAGCUCUUGGAUAUUUUUAGUCCGAUUAGUAAUGCGGAGAGAAGCAGAGUCAGCUGGUCUACACGCAGGAGUCUCACUGGCCCUCGUCAGCCUCUCGGUGCCGUUCGGCCCGCGCACAGCUCUGUGCUUUCUCCCCGAGGCCAAACACAUCCCUCACAGGAAGAGCUGCAGGAGAGUCAGAUUCUAGAGGACAUCUUCUUCAUCUGAUAAAAAAAAAUAAUCAUCUUCACCAGAACCUUAAUGAGCGCACAAAACGCCGCCUAAUAAUGCACAAGGAGCUAAAUCGCUAACCAUAAAACAACUGUGCAUUUAUUUUAUUUCUAAUUUCAUUACUAGAUUUCUAAUUAUUUGUUCGUCUCAUAUUGCUUUACGAGGCCUUUGUAUUACUGCCUUAAUUGUAAACUUAUGCCAUAGUAAUCAUGGGUUUUAUUAUUUGUAAGUUAAACUUUUUUUUAAAUCUAAUGAUAAUAAAUAUGUAUUUAUUAAUUUUUGCUUCUGAGGUCCAAAUUAAAGCAGGGUGCACACUUCAUGACUUAUGCAUCCGCCAUAACAUUAAAACCACCUGCCUUUAUUGUGUAGGUCCCCCUUGUGCCACCAAAACAGCUCUGACCCGUCGAGGCAUGGACUCCACAAGACCUCUAUAGUUGUGCUGUGGUAUCUGGCACCAAGACAUUAGCAGCAGAUCCUUUAAGUCCUGUAAGUUGCGAGGUAGGGCCUCCAUGGAUCGGACUUGUCUGUCCAGUACAUCCCAGAGAUGCUCAAUCGGAUUGAGAUCUGGGGAAUUUGGAGGCACCUCAAACAGGGUGGCAGGGUGUGUUAUCCUGCUGAAAGACGCCACUGCAAUUAGACAAUACCAUUGCCAUGAAGGGGUGUACUUGGUCUGCAACAUUGUUUAGGUUUUGGCUGUGGGGAUUUGUGCUCAUUCAACCACAAGAGUCUUAGUGAGGUUGGGCACUUAAGUGAGGUGAGAAGGUCUGGAGUGGCAUCGGCUUUCCAGUUCAUCCCAAAGGUGUUCAUUCGGGUUGAGGUCAGGGCUCUGUGCAGGACACCCGAGUUCUUCAAUACCCACCUGGCAAACCAUGUCUUCAUGGAGCUCGCUUUGUGCACAUGGGCAUUGUCAUGUUGGAACAGGUUUGGGCUGCUUAGUUCCCCUGAAAAAGUGUAAUGAUGCAGCAAGCAAAGCCAUUCUAUACAAUUGUGUGCUUCUAGUGUUGUGGCAAACGUUUGGGGAAGGACCACAUAUAAGUGUGGUGUCCACAAACUUUUGGCCAUACGGUGUGGUUCAGAAUAGAUGAAACCAAUUCUACAGCUCUCUUCACAAGACUAUGCUGGAAUCAUUUCUUUUUUCUUUAGCUUUAAUGGACAUUAACACAUUGAUUAUAACUUUGCAUGAAGUAUCAAGGUGCGCUAGACUUUUUAAAUCCCACUGCCUCUUAAAUAACUUCCUCCUGCAGUUAUUUUUGGUGUCCUUUAAAAACUAAAUCAAAUAGAAAUAAAAAUUUUUGCAAUGUGGAAUAGUGAAUUCUGUUAUGACCGGCGCUGUCAGAGCCGCGGGUUGCGCAUCACUAUCCAGUUGAUGCUUUCUUUCAAACAAAACGGCCAAAAUAAAGUGAUGUCCUGUAACAGCUUUUGAAAAGACAACUAGUCACCUAGUCUUAAUAUUUUUAUAAAUUAGUGGUUGACUAGUAAAAAUGAGCAGUUGUGCAACCCCUUUAGUGUGUGUAAUAAAAUCAAUUCGAAUGAAAUCAGUGAA